UCUGAUGUCAAACCCGGAAAGGGAAGAGCUGGUAAGGUUAGUGAGGAGCACACUGCUGGGGGAGAAAUGGCAGAAACAGGCUUAGGUGCCUUCUGUGUGGUGAAAUCCCUCUUCAGAAGUUCAGCAGCUGGUUUUGUGUUCGGGCAAGCUGCCUCAUUCUCAGUCCAUCCCUCUCUGACUGGAGACGUUACGCUACUGAACUCUGCCACUCGAGCCGCUGGACGUGCUGGUUCAACCGGUGUAGCAGUGGUGACGGCAUGCCUUGUGUUCACUUCAGCACUCCUGUCUCUUGGAGCCGGUUUUCUCCUCUGUGCCCUGGUACUGAAGCUGCUCACUAAGGCCGAAGUGAGCCUCCCAUGGCUGGUGGGCCCCAUAUUGGGGGCCUCAGUUGCCGCGGGCACAGUCGCCACCGGAGCGAUGGAGGGCAUCCUUCCAACAUGGACCUACAUUGUGGCUCAGGGCAUUCUGGUUCUUGUCGUGUACUCUUACUCCAACAUCAGUGACAUGACAACAGCUCUGUUAAUUAUCUUUACCACUCUGUACCUCAGUGUUAUAUUUGGAAAGUUAGGGGCCAUAUUCGGGUUCUUUUGUUUGGGAGUGACCAUCCUUGUUCUCUUUGCUCUACGACGAACUCUUACAAGAGGGUCUGUGCAAGAACAGAACUCUAAAAGUGGGUGCAAGUUGUUGGAGAGAAUCUUCUUCUAUUCUGUUUUUGUGGGGAUUUUGGGGUUUUUCGUUGGCUUAGGGGCAGGUGGGGCAGAAGAAGGCACUAAAGAACAGGUGGUAUUAAUGCUACAGUCAGUGGUUUGGGUCGUCUUUCUGUCAGCAGGGCUUCUAGGAGCUGGCCUAGGAACAGUGGCAAUAGUUUCACUUGGAUCAGAGUUUCCUGGGAAGCUUUCUGUCGGAGCUGCUGUAGUAACAUCAAUGGCCUUAAAAGGUGUUCUACUUUGGAGCGCCACUCUUGGGCCCAGAAGCUGUUUAGGAGCAACUUUAGGGGCAACCACAGCUGCAGGGGUGUCACUUGGUGCUGCAAGUGUGUCAGCAAAGCAAAGUUUUGGGUCCAGGAACUCGACCCUCGUACUUUUAGGUUCCGUUGUCAUUGGUGUACUCAUAGCCAUCAAGGUUCCCGGACUGACACCAACACAGCUAACAACUUCCGAACUCAUAACAGUGACAAUCACUGCUGUUGGGGCAUUCAUCCUGGGUGCACCAAAGAGCCCAUUCAACACUCAAGUGCAUCUGCGGCAGGGCCUUCUCACGGGGGGAGAUCUAAUUAAAGGAAUCGGCAUGGAGACGGUCACCGCAGCAGCAGCCCCUAUUGGAGCUGGAGCCCUGGGGGCCGCGGCGUUAGGCACGGCAGCUCUGGGGAUGCUGGGGACUGUAGGAGUUCUAGUGGCUAUAGGGUUGGCCUUGGGAAGCGCUCUCAGUGGAAUGUUAGGAAAAUCACCAUCGACAACCAACACACACAGAGACUGAAUGACAACUGAGUCUAAGUCCUUUUCUACUGCUGCAACCAAAUUCUUGAGUUCUGUUAGUAAUGGUUUGUACCAGCAAAGAUCAACUCUGUUAUGUUGAAUCAUGUUUUUUGUGCAUACAAAUGUGAUAUUUGUGUCAUUAAAACCUAUUGUUUUGUCCACCGGUAACCAAUGGUGUUUGUUUCCUUUUCAGAGAAUUAAUAAAACAAAUUUUUUUUUUGCCUUAUGUCGUAAAUUACCCCCACCCUUCUGUCUUUUUCUCAGUUCUGUGCACCAGCACAUUUCCCAUGACAUAACUGUGAGACUUUUGUGUCAUCUUAACAACAGUAACAGAGGAUUUGCUGUUUACCAUUGGGAGAGGUUGAGGUGGGAGGAAACAGAGGACUUAUCAGAGCACAGACAAGCCUCUGAGAAGUGUUUGUGGUUUUACAUACGAGUUUGUGAUGCCGUUAAACCAUUUUUAGACAUGCAAUACCCUCAAAUGGAUACCUGGACGUGGCUCCUUUCUACUUUAAAACUGAACAGGAUUUGGAUACUAAAGGAUGUCAUAUUUUCUCUAUGAAGUUUUAGGUGUGGAGGAAAAAUUAUAGUUCAAAUGAUCCUAAACGUCAUAAAAGGUAAGCACCUUUUAUGAUGAAUAGCUUUUUAAUACCAAUGGAACUAAUAUUUUUGAGAUUCAGUGUUUUUUAAACACUAGAUUGAAACUUUUGCCACUUUUCUAAUGAGUUUGACUGUCAUUUGGAAAUACCAUCACAUAAACCAAAUGGAUUACCUUUAAACAAACAGCAUGUCACUGGACCAGGCCAACACAGCAAACACAGAGCAGUCCACUGAGUGCUCUGCAGAGUAUUCAGGGCCAGCUCCCAGGGAUCCUGGUCGUAGUCGGGAUGUGGCCAUCCUACAGUCUGGCUGCUGCCGCUGCCUGCCGCGGGCAGUACGCCUCACUUUUACCCCUGAGUCUCUGGAGAGGCUUUAUCAGAAUUACUUUUGUCGGCAGAGAGAGGAGAACCUGCUGGUCUUAGUGUUAUUCGCAGCCCUCUUUAACAGCUUCAUCAUCAUCAUGUGUGCAGUGGUUUACACAGAGGACAAAAUGGCAAUGGUGGUGGUUGCAGCCGUGGGGUUGACAGCAGAUGUAGUUCUCUACCUGCUGUGCUGGUUUCAAAAACUCCCUACAUCACCUGUGGCACGAGGGGCAGUACCUUACGUGCUGUGGCUGAUGGUCACCAUCCAUGUUUUAUGUUACAUGGGACUGAACUACGAGCAGUACUCUGAUGCAAGUGACUCAGUGGGCUGGCAGGCUUUCUUCAGCUUCUCCAGCUUUCUGACCUUACCACUGAAUCUGGUUCCCCUCGUCCUGCUCACAACCCUCUCCUGUGGGAUACACACCCUGGUACUUGGGGUCACCGUGGCUCAGAGGUUUGGGGAUAAUCUUCAGGGGCCCAUGCUGGUGAGACAGCUGUUGGCCAAUGUGAUGCUGUACCUGUGCGCAGCCAUGGUGGGUGUGAUGUCAUUCUACAUGGCCGAUAGGAAGUACAGGACAGCAUUUUUGGAAGCUCGUCAGUCACUUCAGGUCAAACUAACUCUGGAGGAGCAGAGCACCCAGCAGGAGGAAUUAUUGCUGUCUAUCCUACCAAAGCAUAUUGCUGAUGAGAUGCUGCAGGGUAUGCAGAACCAGGCCAAUCAGAAUGAGGUCCAGCAGCAUCAGCAGUUCAAUACCAUGUACAUGUACCGCCAUGAAAAUGUCAGUAUACUCUUUGCAGACAUAGUCGGCUUCACCCAGUUAUCCUCAGCCUGUAGCGCCCAAGAGCUGGUAAAGCUGCUCAAUGAACUGUUUGCACGCUUCGAUAAACUGGCCUCACAACAUCACCAAUUACGAAUUAAGAUUCUCGGGGACUGCUACUACUGCAUCUGUGGGCUGCCAGACUUUAGGGAAGACCAUGCCGUUUGCUCCAUAAUGAUGGGCCUUGCAAUGGUGGAAGCUAUCUCGUAUGUGCGGGAAAAGACAAAAACCGACGUGGACAUGCGGGUGGGUGUCCACACAGGCACUGUGCUCGGUGGAGUGCUGGGUCAGAAACGCUGGCAGUUUGAUGUUUGGUCAACAGAUGUCACUGUGGCCAAUAAGAUGGAAUCUGGAGGAAUCCCUGGGAGAGUGCAUAUUUCCCAGAGUACCAAGGACAGUCUGCAUGGAGAGUUUGAGGUUGAACCUGGAAAUGGGGGAGAGAGGUGUGAGUACCUGUUAGAGAAAGGAAUUGACACUUACCUGAUUCUCAAACCUAAACAGGAAGCAAAUGGACUUAAUGGAACAACACCAGGUGAUCUGACCCACAGAAAUUCAGAUCAGGUGAUCAACACAACCAAAACUAAUGGGAACUCAGUCUCACACCAGUCAAUGUUGGCUAAUCCUAAUCAGGAGAGAAAUAAGAUGGCGGAUGAAAAAGCAAUCAACAGACGACUGCAGCAGGAGCUCCUGGACAGAGAGUCUCAGCAAAUAAUGAAGGAUCACCAAAUCAAUCCAGUUUCUCUGCGCUUUGUGGAUGGAAAGCUGGAGGAGCAUUAUUCCUCGGAGAAGGAGAAGAGAAGUGGAGCGGCCUUUAGCUGCUGUAUCAUCGUGCUCUUUUUCAUCACAGCAAUGGAAGUGUUUAUUGAUCCAUUGUUGGUUGUGAACUAUGUGACUCUUGCUGUCGGACAAUUGUUGUUACUAAUUCUCACAGUUUGCUCCUUGGCUGCAAUCUUUCCUAGGAUGUUCUCCAAGAGGUUGGUUUCUUUCUCGAUGUGGAUCGACCGUACGAGAUGGGCUCGGAACACCUGGGCCAUGGCUGCCAUAUUUGUGCUAACCAUGGCAGUAAUAGCUGACAUGCUCAGCUGUGUACCACCAUCACUGCGGCUCUUCAACAGUACCUUUGGCCCGAUGCUGGAGUCACUUGGAGACCGGGGAUGUGCAGAAAACCCAAAAUAUUACAGCUUCAUGGCAGUGAUGUCCCUUAUUGCAACGGCCAUGUUGGUGCAGGUCAGCCAUCUGAUCAAACUGGGCCUCAUGGUGCUAGUUGUCACAGCAACUGGAGCUGUUAAUAUUUACAGCUGGCGGGACAUUUAUGACCUGUAUGAUUUUAUACAGUUUGCCUCCUACAGAACAUCCAUGGUACCAUCAAAGUAUCUCAUGACAAUGAUGAUUAUCGUCAUGAUGAUAAGCUUUUAUUUCUUUGCUCGUCAUCUGGAGCGUCAGUCCAGGAAAUUAUUCCUGUGGAAGAUUGGGGUCCAUGACCAGAAGGAGCGAGUCUUUGAGAUGAGGCGCUGGAACGAGGCACUGGUGACCAACAUGCUGCCAGAGCAUGUGGCUAAACAUUUUCUUGGCACUAAACUAAGAGAUGAGGAGCUGUACAGUCAUUCUUACGAUGAAAUUGGUGUGAUGUUUGCCUCCAUUCCAAAUUUUUCUGACUUCUACACUGAAGAAAGCAUUAACAAUGGUGGCAUUGAGUGUCUAAGGAUCCUCAAUGAGAUCAUCUCAGACUUCGACAGUUUAUUGGACCGAGAUGAGUUCAGGUGUAUCACAAAGAUCAAGACGAUCGGAAGCACAUACAUGGCUGCCUCUGGACUAACCCCAGAGAGUAACACCAAUGGAUAUGGCAGCCGAAAGCCAGAAGAGCAGUCCAUCAUUGAACGCUGGCAGCACCUGGCUGACCUUGCAGACUUCGCCCUGGCCAUGAAGGUCACCCUUGAUAACCUCAACAAUCAGUCCUUCAACAACUUCAUGCUAAGGAUUGGUUUGAAUAAAGGAGCUGUUCUGGCAGGAGUAAUUGGAGCCCGUAAACCUCAUUAUGAUAUCUGGGGUAACACAGUGAAUGUGGCCAGCAGAAUGGAGUCAACUGGAGUGAUGGGGAACAUACAGGUGGUGGAGGACUGCUAUGACAUCCUGAAGGAGUAUGGCUUUCGCUUUAUCCGAAGAGGGCCCAUAUUUGUCAAAGGAAAAGGGGAGCUGCUUACCUUUUUUAUGAAAGGGAAAGACAAGUCCAGCUGCAAAGCCGGUCUAGGAACCACUGAUCUCCCACACCAAGUUGAGGACCUUUCCUGAUUUUUUUUUUUCCCAUGUCAAUAUUUCAAUGGGCUCUUUGCACAACUCCACUACUUCCUGAACUUAAGGUGGGUAUUUUGUUUCCUAUUUUAUUUCUACUGGAUGAACUGAUUAAUACAGAUGCGCCUGACCUCAGUAAACAUGGACAGACAGUCCUGGAUUAAUCAGUUCAUCCAGUAAUGAAAGACAGGAAACAAAAAAGCUGACUUAGAUUCAGGAAUAAGUCGAGUUUUGCAUAGAGCACAUUAACGUGCAAACAGAUUUUAAGGACAAUAUUAGCUUUGCUCCAUUUUUCUUUUAUUUUUUUUCAGCUUUCACAACAGAAAAGUAGGACUAUAUAGACAAACAAACUCAAAUGCUCUUUCACAAUUAUCAUAACUUUUAGAAAACAAAAGCAAGUUUUGUAAAGGGGUUCACAUUUCAAUAUCUUUCAAAGUGUCAAAAAUGACGACAUUUGAACAACCAAAACAGCCUUUUUCUUCGUAAACAGUUCAGGUGACAUACUCAAACACAUGAUACAGUAUUUUGGUUGUCUUUUAUUUGAAAUGAAUUGUCCAAACAACAAACAAGUUGCAAGGAAAACAUAAACAAGCAUGGAAAUGCGUGGCAAAUUUCAAUCCAUAUCACGAAGUAAGAAUCGUUUUGUUCAGGGGGUGAUCAUAAAGCCCAUCUUACUCUCACUGAUGACAUAAAUUCCCUUUUAUUCUUUUUAUUUGUUGAUAUUGAAGUGUGUGAUAUCAUCAUAGCCCAUAUUUAAGUCUAAAGCUUUUAAAUAUGGGCUAUCUAAGCAUAUAAGGGGAAAUGUGCAUCUGACCUUAUAGUCUCAUGGAUGUGUAUAACAAACAUGUAACAUACUGUAUUUAACCUUGAGCUCAGAUUUAUAAGAAAAUUAUAACAGUCAGGCUAACCUUGUUGCAUUUAUACUUUUAAUAAAAUAUGUUAAGUCUAUGUGUUUCAGAAUUUUUUUUUCUGUUGGAUUGUCACUUCUGUUCAUGCCAUGUACAUUGGCAGUUGUCACCUCGCAAAAGCAAAUAUUUUAGCAGAAGUGAUUGCUUUUUAUUUUUUUAAUUGUUCAUUUACUAAGCUUCUUUUUAUCAAAAUAGAUAUAUACAGAAUUAGGGGGGUCUCAAUCUGAUGUUGAUAUCAUAAAUCGGUCCAAUAGCAGCCAAGGAAUGAAUAUCGGAAUAUAUCUGCCUUCCUCUAAAAUCUCCAAUAUUGUUUAAAGUUUAUGUUCUUUUACCUGAUGUUAAAUAUUCUUCUCUGUUUGACUUGAGCAAGCUUAUCUAUCAUUCCAUACAAGAAAAUAUUGAUAAAAGUAUGUAUGAUUUCAUGCUGAUAUCGUAUCGGGUUAAUAUCAAUAUUGGUAAAUUCCUAAACAUGCAAUAUCGAUAUCAUAUCGGAAAUGAAAAAGUUGUAUCAUGGACCAUCCUAUACAGAGUCAAAACUCCAGUCCAGGGAUAGAUAGAUAGAUAUAAAGAGCAAUAAAUUAUAGGUGGGGCAGUUAAUCUACAAAUAAUGACUCUUGUACCCAGAAAUAAUAAAUUAUUCUCAAAAAAAAUCUAAAAUGGAAAAGUAAACAUAAAUCCCAUGCAGGUGUAAAUUAUUCAACAGUUUUUCUGGUGUGAUUAACUAUAAAUAAAAGAGAUAAGAAUUUUACCUGGUGGUUCUUGGUUAAGAAAUUGUCAUAAGGUUUUUGGCAAAGACAAGUUUAAAAAUUUGAGUUUUGGGGAAAAUAUAUCUUAUUAACAUCUGCUUAACAAUGUUAAUUUGUUCUAUUUAAAGAGAUUUUUCAAAUGGUUAAAUUUUAACUUGGUAAACUUAACAAGUUAUUUUAAAUUCAAUGGCCGUAAAUGUAUGGCCACAAACUUUAUCUAACAAGUAGUGAAUUAAUCAAGCUGUAUUGAUCUACUGAAGUUUAUCUAAAAAGUUUAAUGGGGACAAUGUACCCUUGAAACCUGAUUUAUAUUGUAGUGAUGUGGAGGUUAAGCUGUGAAUUAGGUGUUUGCACAUAAAUACCAUUUGGAUUUUAGAAUUUAAAUAAAAAAUUUUAAGGCAUUACGUUAAAAUUAUAUAGGCGUGAUACCAGACAUCGCUACUGCCAUCAGUUCCAAU